AUGAAAAGCCAAAACGUAAAAUUUCUUUAUGUUUUUCUAUUGAUCUUGACAGUAUGGAUACAACUCAUACCUGCUUCCAAAUUAAUCCGUAAUGGUAAUAGUCAAUCCUGUCUCCAACAUUCAACUACUACUUUCACUUCUUGCGUCCCACUUUCCCAAACAACAUGUCCUGUUAAUAGAUUCAUUGAUGUUCCAAAUUCAAUUAAAUGGAACAUUAUACCAAUUGACCCAUCCGUAGCAUUAGAUUUAACAAAUUCAUCCGAAAUUUUUAUUGAAUCAUCUGAUAAUAAAAUUUGCCUUGCCACUUCGUCAAAUGGUGUGCAAGUUUGUCCGUGUGAUCAAAGUAUUUCACAAAAAUGGAAAUUCAGUAAUAAUAAUUUAAUGAGUAGUUCUAAAGUUGGUCAAUGUUUGGCUGUUAUUGGAAAUCAAUUUGGUUUAAAUACUUGUCAAGCUGGUGUUGAUACUAUGUCUUGGAAACCUUAUCAUGUCGCUCCAAACGCUGUUAACUUUUAUCCAAGUACAAUGUUCUUGGAUAAUUAUACUCAAUUAACAAUUGACACUUAUACUUCUCAAAAACUUCCUUCUUCCAUAUUUUCUUCUCCAUUUUCUAUCGAAAUUCCUCCUGGAUUCCAAUUCAUUAUUGAUCAUGGAAAUAAUAAUUCAAUAACUUAUACUUCUGAUAUGGCUAAUCUUUCUCCUAUCAAUGAUAAAACUUCUACCAUAAUUGUCGAGUUAAAACCUGGAAUAAUCAUUUAUGAACUUGCAAAUUAUUUUGGUUCAAGUGAAUAUUUUAAUGUUGGAACUUUAGUUUCUACACCAAAAAAUGUUGGAUCUGUUAUGGUAUCUCUAAAAUCAAGAGCUAUCUCGAAUUUUUCUGGAAAUAAUUUAGGUUUAUUUGAACCGGUUCAUAGUUUCACUAGUGUUUUAGUUGAUUCUUCUAGUCAAGUUUCUUUUGAAAGUUUGGAUAUUUCUCAAACUACAUGUAAAGAUGAAUGCUCUUCUGGAGGCUUUUGUUCGACUAAUAAUGUAUGCGUUUGUAAAACUGGAUUCACCGGCUCACGAUGUAAUCAAUGUGCUCCUGGUUUCUGGGGUCCAAAUUGUCAAGCAUGCUCAUUGACUUGUAAGAGCUCAACAAAUAAUAGUCAAAUGACUUGUAAUGAUGGAUUAUUUGGAACUGGUAAAUGUAAAUGUGCUACUGGAUUUAGUGGUACCAACUGUAAUACUUGUGCUCCCGGAUUCUUUGGUCCAAACUGUACACCAUGUGAUUGUGGAAAUGGCGUAUGCGACAGUCAAGGCAAAUGUACUUGUAAUGCAGGUUGGGAUCCAAAUACUAAUUGUAAAGUUCCAAAAGCGGGAUACUUUCAAUCGGGUAGCGAUGCCAAAGCGUGUGCGAUAGGGUGCGCUAAAUGCGACUCUCAGACCGGAAAAUGUACUGCUUGUUUAACCGGUUUAAACUUUGCUACUGAUAAUCCAACUCAAUGCGUUCCCCAAACUACUUUUAAUUGUCCUGCCGGUCAAUUUCCUGAUGUAAAUAAUGGAAAUACUUGCACUCCUUGUAAUAUUGAUUGUGCUACUUGUUUUGGUCCUGGUCCUGAUAAUUGUUUGAAAUGCGCUGCUCCGAAAUUUUAUUUGGAAGGAAGGUGUGUUAUCCCAGCAACAAAUGGAAAAUGUGUUUCUCCACUUGGAAAUCAGGCAUUCGUUGCUAAUGCUGCUGCAGGAACUUGUGAUGCGUGCCCAAGCGCGUGUCUCGAUUGCUCUUUAGCAAAUAGUCCCACAGCUCUCACUAGUCAAAAUGGUAAAGUACAAUGUAACAGCUGCCUUCCAGGAUUUGUACUUGAUAAUGGUAGUUGUGUUAAGACUUGUUCACCUGGAAAAGUUGUUAAUCCAAAUGAUAAUUUAAAUUGCAUAGCAUGUGAUAGUGCAUGUGCAACUUGCAGUGGACCUUCAGCAUCGGAAUGUCUAUCAUGUUCAAAUUCAAAUCAAUUUGCAUUGAACGGAGUCUGUUCAUCAACACCAUGUCCAUCAUCAUAUUUCACUCAAGGUACAGCAUGUAUUAAAUGUCAUCCUGACUGUGCAGAGUGUUCCGGUCAAGAAUUUACUCAAUGUAAAAAAUGUCCAUCAACUCGUCCAAUAUUAACAUCUGGAGGUCAAUGUGUUGAAACUUGUCCUGCUGGUAGUUAUGCCGAUAGUACAGGAACAUGUAAAAAAUGUAAUUCUGUUUGUUCUUCAUGCGUUGGUUCACGUUCUGAUCAAUGUCUUGGAUGUGCUGAUCGAUCAAAAGUUUUGAUAAAUGGUACUUGUAGUGGAUCAUGUCCAACUGGUAGUAAAAUGAUAGAAGCUGAACGAAUGUGUUAUGAUUUACAAACUAAUACUAUCGUUACACCUCAAACUAUCUCUAAUCCUGAUGCAACAAAUUCUUCCAAACUUGAUUGGUGGAAAAUUUUAUUAAUAAUUAUUUCCAUUAUAAUAUUUUUAAUAUUGAUUGCUUUGUUGAUUCGAUGUAUUGCCGUAAAGAAACGUGUAGCAAAAACAAAUGAAUUUAAAGAGAAUUUAGAUGAAAACAAUGUAAUCAAAAAUAUGAGAAAUCUUCAAAAUUCUCAAAAUUCAAUUAAUGUACCUGAAAUGGUAUAUUCAGAAACUACAAUGAGACUUUAUGAAAUUCAAUCUCCACCUGCAUAUGAUAUUACAGCAGGAAAAUUAUAUUGGAAGAGAAUGAAUAAAAAGAUCAAUAAUGAUUUAUCUAGUGAGGAUUAUGCAAAGUGGAAAUUAGAAGAAAAAUCUAGAACUCGUCGUAAUGAUGAUUGGGAUGGAUUUGUGAUGGCGGUUUCGGAAGGAUUUUCAGCUCCUAAUGGUGGUAGUGAAACCGAAAGAUAUGUUUAUUAUAAUAAUCAACAAGAUAUAGAGAGGGUUGGAUAUAGGAAUAGUAAAAGUUCUGUCUCAUCAAAUCUUAAUGAUUUAGACCGACAAAAUACAUUACCCGCGAAAAGAGGAUUAAAUUGGGGUGAAAAUUGGGUCUAG